CGAUCAACUGAUCUCCUGCGAUUCCUCUUUUCGCGACCUUCAAAGCCCCGAUAGCACCCCUUCAAGCAACCCAGAUAUUCGAAUAUUGAACAAACUGCAACUCAAGCCCGCCUACCCCAAGUCAACAGCUCCUGGCAAAUUCAACCGAUCCGAUACUGUCACCCGAGUAUCGGACAAGACAUCUCCGCGCAAAAUUUUGUCGCAGAAACGGUUUUUCUACCCUCUCUGUCCCCGGCCUCCAUAACGUCCUCUCGAGACGUUAGCCUUUCUUACACCAUCUUGAUUGCUGCUGGCUUCCGCCAGCGUCGUUGGACUCACCACAUUCCUGUGGGCCUACUCUCUCAAGCAGACGCCGCAAAGUCUGGUUGAGUGGCAGCUAGUGCUCCGCGGACUCAUCGUCGGACGGGCAUAGCAGCAGCGUGCUCGAAUUAACCCUCGGCGGUCUUUUCUUUAUUUGUCCCUUUGCUUAGGACUGCUGAGUAGCAGCAGCAAAUCAUCAUCGAAAAUGGCCAAUCUUUCGGUCCCCAACAAUUACACCUUUUCCCCGUCAUCGGCAACGCCCCACUUGACAAUCAACCACGACAAUGCCGCGGAAUUGGACUCGACCUAUGCCUUUGAAGGGCCUGAAAAGCUCCUGGAGGUGUGGUUCGCGCCGAGUGCCUCAGCACUCCCCAGGGGCGCUCAACCUGCGGGCCUCAAGGCCGUGUCCUCUGAGACUUGGGAGACCAUGCUUGACAUGGUAAACUGCAAGAUUCUCUCAGUGCUCGAGUCCGACGCUGUUGAUGCCUAUCUUCUCUCUGAAUCGAGCAUGUUUGUCUUCCCUCACAAGCUCAUCUUGAAGACUUGCGGCACGACCACUCUCUUGCUUGGACUGCAGCGCCUGCUUCACAUCGCCGCCGAGCAUGCGGGCUUCCCCUUUGGCAAUGCCACGUCUGCAAAGGAAAUCAAGGCCGUUGCUACUCCUUACCGAGUCUUUUACAGCCGCAAGAACUUUCUCUUCCCAGACAAGCAGCACGGCCCCCACCGCAGCUGGAAGCAAGAAGUCAAGUACUUGGACGACAUGGUUGAUGGCGGCAGUGCCUACAUGGUCGGAAAGAUGAAUGGCGACCACUGGUACCUCUAUAUCACGUCUCCUAACCGAGAGUUCACCCCGCCCCUGACCCCUGACUCGGAGCAAAAUGAGAUGGCCCCAGCCAGCUUCUCACUUCCCGCCAGCUUUGGCCAUGGAGGACCUGGGAGCGACGAAACGCUCGAGAUUUUGAUGACGGAUCUCGAUCCAGAGAAUGCCAAGCAGUUUUACCUGGCACACGCGAGUGCGGUCGCGUGCGACAAACUCUCUGCCGAAACCACCAAGGCUCGUCAAGAUGCCGUCGGCGGAUCCUCGACUCCACUCGGUGAGGUUGAUGUCUUUGCCGAUAGCAUCGAGUCCGACCUCCAUGAGCCGUGCGAGAAGCCCGGUGAAAUCGAGGGUCUGACCACCGAAGGCCACGCCCUCGGCACGGUUGUGUCCGAGCAGUGCGGUCUCGCCGACGUCUAUCCCACCUCUGUCUACCCGGACGCCCGCAUUGAUUCCUACCUCUUCAGCCCGUGCGGAUUCUCUGCCAACGGCAUCAUCCCUCCGCCCCCAGCCACGCAGGAGGGUGGCCAGGAAAGCGGUAAGAAUGCCGGACACUACUUUAGCGUUCACGUAACCCCUGAGACUGGUUUUUCGUUUGCUUCAUUCGAAACCAACGUUCCAGGAGGCCAGAGCGGCCGGACCACUGCCGAGAUUAUCGAGCACGUUGUUGAAAUCUUCAAGCCUGGCCGCUUCAGCGUCACCUUGUUCGAGGCCAAGGGCCGUGGCGACAACACCUACGGUUCGGCCAAAGCUGAAGCCAAGGGUCUUGCUGCUCAGCGAUUCAUCGAUUCUGUGCGCGGAUAUCGCCGUAUUGAUCGCAUUGUUCACGACUUUGAGGACUACGACCUCGUAUUCCGCUUCUAUGAGCGUGAGGGCUGGGUUGGCGACAAGAAGGCCCGUGUGGGAGAGGAAAUUUGAUGCAAGUCCGCUGGCAAUUUUCUGCAGACGACCAGCAAUGGAAUAUGAAGAAGGAUAUGGGUGUUGGAUUGGAUCUGGACAAGAUCCCCCUCAGUUUCAUUCUGGACAUUCCUUUUUGCGAUCUAUUCGCCUUUGCCUCCACAUUUGAUUGACUGUUGAUGACGGUCAACUGGUUUCAUAGUUUUGAGUUUGUGUUUUUGCUUUUACUGUCAUUUAUGAAUAAUAUUCGCAUCCCCAAAUG